UUGAAAAAUAGAAUAAAUUUAGUAAAAUGAGUCGAUAUAAAUCACAUAUUGAUUAAGCAUUUAAGCCAACAUGUAAAAAUCACUUCGAUUAGAAAAAUUACCCUAGUGAAAAAUUGAAAUUCCAACUUUUCUAAUUUAGGGUUAUUAAAAAGUUAACAGUAAAACCCCCAUCACUCUUUUCUUCACACUUCUUCGAAAACCGCCCACCUGCAAAUGGACGAACACCAAACCUCCAUUACUUAAACCUCCAACCCACCACCUUCACCAUGGAACCCGAACCCGAAUCCAAACCCGAAUCCAAACCCGAAUCCGAACCCCAAAACCCACCUCAAUCUCUCUCCUCUCCACUCCCUCCACCGCCAGACCUCCCGGAAAACCAACAACCACCCUUCAAAAAACCCAAAAUGUCCUCCACCACCGCAACUUCCGACGAAGAAACAACCGUCGGAAACAGACCCCUCCGUCUAAAGCGCCGGAAAGUUGCCAUCUUCUUCGCUUAUUGCGGGGUAGGAUAUCAAGGUAUGCAGAAAAACCCCGGUGCAAAAACCAUUGAAGGUGACCUUGAAGAAGCCCUAUUCUUCGCUGGUGCAGUUCCCGAAGCUGACCGCGGGCAGCCCAAACGGUUUGAUUGGGCUCGUUCUGCGAGGACUGAUAAAGGGGUUAGUGCCGUCGGUCAGGUUGUUUCGGGCAGGUUUUAUGUUGACCCACCUGGGUUUGUUGAAAGAUUGAGCUCUCAUCUUCCUCCUCAGAUUAGGAUUUUUGGGUAUAAGAGGGUAACUCCUUCGUUUAAUGCUAAGAAGUUUUGUGAUAGGAGAAGGUAUGUGUAUUUGUUGCCGGUUUUCGCGCUUGAUCGUAGCUGUCACCGCGAUAGGGUGAGUGUUUUGGCGAGUUUAGGGUCGGAGAGUGAGCUUGUUAAGUGUUCUGGGUGUUCUGAGAGGGGUAGGAAGGUUAUUGGGUUGAUGGGUAAUAGGAGGGAUUGGGAGAAUGGUGGGUUUGUUCAAUCAGACAUUUCGUCGAACAGUUGUGAUGCAUUAUUGAUUGCUGGUGAGAAUGAGGGGAAUGAUGCUGGCGCUGGUGUGGUGGGUUGUGAUGUUUCGAUUCAAUCAGGCAUUUCGUCGAAUUGUAAUGAGAAAGAGAAGAUUGAGAAUGUAGAGUGUGAUGUUGUGAUAGAGAGUAAGAAUGGUUCUGAAGUUUCGAAAUCGGAGUCCGUGGUUGUGGAAGAGGAGUUGAGGGAGGAAAAGAAAAGUGAAUUUAAGUAUGGGGAAGAGGAGAGAAAGAGGUUUAAUAGAAUACUUAAGCAUUAUGAAGGAACACAUAAUUUUCACAAUUUUACCACCAGAAUUAAGCCUGAGGAUCCAUCAGCAAAACGUUACAUCGUGUCGUUUGAAGCAAACACCACUGUUACGAUAGAUGGGAUUGAGUUUGUGAAGUGUGAAGUUAUUGGGCAGAGCUUCAUGCUUCACCAGAUACGGAAAUUGAUUGGGAUGGCUGUGUCUGUAAUGAGGGAUUUCGUUCCUGAAUCGAUUUAUGAGAGAGCAUUUGACCAGGAUUUUCGCAUUAAUGUGCCUACUGCCCCGGAGGUUGGGUUGUACUUGGAUGAAUGUUUCUUCACCUCAUAUAACAAUAAGUGGAAUCACACACACGAGGAGGUAUCGAUGAAAGAAUAUGCUGAAGAAGCCGAAGAAUUCAAACUGAAGUACAUAUAUUCCCAUGUAGCCCAAACUGAACUUAAGGAAGGAUCUGUUGCUGUUUGGCUACACUCCCUAAAUCAUCGUAACUAUCCUGAUUUCCGCCCUUUUAGUGAUGAAGUGGAGAGAGCAGCUAACAAUGAAGUGGGGAGGUCAGCUGAUGAUCAAGUGAAGGCAGCAGCUGAUGAUCAAGUGAAGGGAGAUGCUGAUGACAAAGUGGAGAAAGCGGUUAAUGAUGAAGUGGAGAAAGCUACUAAUGAUGAAGUGAAGAGAAUGACUGAGGGAGAGACCAUGGAUGUUCGUUCCUCUUAAAAAGAUAUAUUGCUAUACAUUCUGAUGUGGUAAAUGAGUAACAUUUUUGGUUUCCUGUAUUGAUUUCGUAUUCUUAUAGUGCAAGGCUUUGUAGGCCAACUAGAUUCUGUGGUACGGUAGUAGGCUAGUAGCAUAGUAGGAAGAGUUGAAAUGGGGGGAGUAUUUUGAUCCUCCUGACCCCCUAAUCAACCACACAGAUGAUAUUGUACUUUGCGACGAAUUCUGAAACUUCUGUGUUUUGUGUUAUGUUCCUGCAAAUGAAAUGUAGUAGGAAUUUAGAGGAUCACAUUCAAGAGGCUCUUUAUCACCAUCUUAAAUUUUUUUAA